AUUGGGGUCGGCCGGUCUCUCCACUUUCGUUUAUCACCAGGGGGCAGUGGCUAAUAAUGGUGGAAGCAGGCCCACAAAUGAUAGAUAGAUGGAACAAAUUAUGGUAAUAUCAGUUCCCCAAGUUAAAAAGCUGAAAUCAAUAGACUGCCUCGAGGCCCUCCCGAUUCCCCAACCACGUUCCUUUAUUUAUUAUAUUAUUAUUUAUGACAUUGGUCAUAUAUUUUGCGUCCAGAAAACACUAAAAGACUUGCUUUUUCUUGUCUUAUUCAAAACCAAAAUCAACGAAUGCAUAGAAAAAGGCUUGUCCUGUCAAAAUUCAAAGUUGAAACGUUUCAAAAAUAUCUGCUACCUAACAAUUAGAACUAAUUUCUCAAAGCACCUGUCUUUCUCUCUCCCUCUCUGGAAGGCGAAAGCUUGGACUUGUUUCAGUUAUGGAGAGACCUCAGUCAGAGAAUGGUAGCAAGAGAAUCAGGGGAGUGGUGAAGGGCAGAGAAAUGGUACAGCGUCCACCUAGGCGCAUGUUAGCAGUGCCAUCCGUGGUGAAGACACAACAGCCCAAUCAAGCAAUGCUAGCAGCAAUAGCCGUUGAUUUAAAUGUCCGUCUGAGAUCGGCUGAUAUGCCCGGUGCAAUGCAGGAGCGUGCGUUUCGGUUCACCAGAGCAGCUCUGGAUGCAAAUCUCGAGAAGAGGCCCAAUCCUACGCGUAUUGCCAUGUGUCUCAAGAAGGAAUUUGAUGCAGUGUAUGGGCCGGCAUGGCAUUGCAUUGUGGGGGAGAGUUUUGGAUCAUUUGUUACUCACUCGAGUGGUGGAUUUGUCUACUUCUCUGUGGACAAACUCUCUUUUCUCCUCUUCAAGACCGAAGUCCGACCAGUCAGGAGGUCACCUCUUCCUCCUCCUUUGACGAAUCUUAAUAUUAAUUAAUGCUUUGUAGUAUCUGAGAAUGUAAGAAUUUAAGAUAGUUAAUUCCAUUUCAUUCUGUUAAAAAAAACAAAAAAAGGAACGAACUUGAAGUCUUUGUCUGUUCCAUUUGCAACUUCUCAAAUUAAACAUAAGCAGAUGCUCUGUAAGAAAUCAGACAAUAAAGAGAUAAGGAAUGACAAGCUUAAACAAUAUUAUCUGGAUCUUCAAACUGAGUGUUCUUUCCGUCCACCCUGCACGUUGUCAUCAAUCCCUCCAUUUUGAUCUUCUUGCAAUACUCAACAAAAUACAGUUCCUGCUUUUUAUGAAUUGCUAAAAUGAAGUGACAAUUCUGCUUCCGACAAAAAAGGAGGUAAAGCAAUGGUUUGUGAUGGUCUUAAUAUACUAAUUGCUGGUUAAAACCAAGUAUAAUUGUUACUUAAUUAGUUUUGUCUGAGAAUUGCUGAAUUAAUUUGCUUCAUAAGAUAGGAAGUUACUUACGCAGGGGUCAUUCCACAAAUUCAAAAAGAUGGUAACGGUAUAAACCGCCAGCACUGGCAACUUUGCAUCUUACCAUGUGGCAUUUAGCGGUUAUUUUUAUUUUUUGAAUUUCAAGCCUAUUCACGAAUGGUUGCCUUUGUUUGUACAUAUAUAUAACGAGAGAUACUCCGUGUAAUCUAUUUGCAACUGUUUCAAAAUUGUUUUCUCUCUUGAUUCAUCAACUCUGUUCUAUUCGCCCAGAAUCAUAAUCUCCUUCUCCUUGUUCUUCUUUUCGGUAAGCAAAAAUGGCACCAACAUCACUAAUUGUACGCUUCCAGCAAUCUGUUAGUCCCGACGCUCUAAGAUCAUACCUUGCAGAGUUCAUCUCCACUUUCUUUUACGUGUUUGCAGUUGUAGGAUCUUCCAUGGCUGCACGGAAAUUGAUGCCAGCAGCAGAUCCAUCCAGUUUGAUAAUAGUUGCAACUGCAAAUAGUUUUGCACUCUCAUCGGCAAUUUACAUAGCGGCCAACAUCUCCGGUGGGCAUGUGAAUCCUGCGGUCACGUUUAGUAUGGCUGUUGGAGGCCACAUUAGUGUCCCUACUGCCCUAUUCUACUGGAUUUCACAGAUGUUGGCCUCUGUCAUGGCUUGCGUUUUCUUAAAAGUAGCCAUUGUUGGACAAAAUCUUCCAACUUACACAAUUGCAGAGGAAAUGACAGGAUUUGGAGCGUCUAUACUAGAAGGUGUAUUAACGUUUGGUUUAGUGUACACAAUUUAUGCUGCUGGAGAUCCAAGACGCAGUCUUCCGGGAGCCAUUGGACCUUUAGCAAUUGGGCUUGUGGCAGGAGCCAAUGUGUUGGCUGCAGGACCAUUCUCAGGCGGCUCAAUGAAUCCUGCAAGUGCAUUUGGGUCUGCAGUAGUUGCUGGAAGGUUUAAAAACCAAGCGGUGUAUUGGGUUGGACCUUUGAUUGGAGCCACGGUUGCCGGGCUUCUCUACGAUAACGUUGUUUUUCCUAAUCAAGUUCCUGACUCUAUUAGGGGAAUUUCGGAUGGUGUUAGAGUCUAAUUGCCAUUUCUUACGAUUGUGCCCCUCAGUUAGGUUUUUGAUUAUGUAAUUUUUUUAAAAAAAACAGCUUGCUUGUACGAUACAACUGAAAUUAUCAAUAAAAUAAAAUAAAAAUAUGUGAAG